AUGUCCAAGAUAUCGGGACUCUACCUGGCCUGGUCUGAUUUUCGCUAUUGCCGAAACGACAAAACUCUCGAAUGGCACCGCAAGUACGGCCGCAUCGUCCGCAUCGCCCCCAACGAGGUCUCGGUGGCCACGCUCCAAGGCACAAGAGACGUUUACGGCACGUCGCAUCGGUGGCCGAAGAGCAACUAUUUUGACCACUUCAUGGGGUUUGGGCGGCGGUCAGUAUUCGCAACGAAGCCUUAUAAAGAGCACCAGGCAAAGCGGAGGCUGAUCUCGGCCUUUUACCAGCCCACGACCAUAUACAAGUCGCCGCACAUCGAACACCACGUCCAAGAGCGUGCUCAGACGCUCCUGCGCCAAGUGCAAAAGGUUGCAGAGGUCGACGUCUACAGCCUGACGGACUGGUAUGCGCUCGACAUCAUCACCUACCUCGUCCUGGGGCCCGACCACUGCACUCGCUCGAUCGAGACCGCGUGCCCUGAGCGCAGCAUCCUCGCCGGUCUGAAGAAGCAGCAGUUUGUCGGGUCGUUCCGCAUCCGGUACCCGACGGCCUACGACUACAUCUCUCUUCUUUGCAGAGCCCUGAGCUCGAGCCUAGGCUAUCUGUCUGCAGACAAUGAUCUCUCGUCCUGGUGUAAGCAGCGCAUUUCCCAGGCAGUCAAGGGACCUGGCAUGUCUGAAUCCCACUGUUUGCUGCGGCACCUCUUGGAAGCGCGUGCCCGCGAGGCGACCAAGGUCCCCAUCGACCAGCAGUACAUUGCGGCCGAGGUCCUCGACAAUAUCAAUGCCGCCGAGGCCACGGUUGCCGUCACGGCAACGUACUUGAUCUGGAGACUGACAGGGGCUCCGGAGUGGCAGAGGAGGAUACGGGACGAGCUGAAGGCCUUGCCGCCGAAGCCAGACGGGUCGGUGCCGUUCUCCGAGCUGGACAGCCGCGUGCCCUCGCUCGAAGCGUGUCUUCGCGAAGUCUAUCGUCUACACCCGGCAUCUAGUGGGCGAGCCGAGCGCGUAGUCCCCGAAGGUGGCCACGUCCUGUGUGGCGUCUACGUCCCGCAGGGGACUAUAGUCACGACGUCCAUCACGGCUCUCCAUCGGGACGAGGCUAUUUUCCCGGAUCCCCAUCGAUUCCGUCCCGAGAGGUGGCUUGACGGGGACCCCUCGACGCUCAGGACGCGCGAGGCUCAUCUUAUUCCGUUCGGGCACGGUGCCAGAAUUUGUCUAGGCAAAGCGCUCGCCACGCUGGAAAUAAAAGUGCUCAUUGCACACCUGUAUCUGAGGUACAACACCACCAUGGGGAGGUCGACGACACCGGAGUCGAUGAAGCAGUGUAGCACGCAUGACGCGGUGCCCAAGGGCCUUGGAUGCAUGGUCAAGUUCCACGAUGUUGCUGAGGACGUGUACAAUACCCACGGCAGCUAG